AUGCCGAGUGACACGCCCCCACACAAAAACUCCAUAGAUGCCUUCCACAUCAACUCCGCCAGGGAGUUCCACAGACUGACUACCGGUUCACGGUUUCCUUCAAAGCCUUUGCCGCCCGCAGGUACGGCCAUCCGAGAUGCGAAACCAACACCGACUACUCCGAAACAACAACAAAGUUCUCCAAAUACAGUCCCAUGCAGCCACAACAACCCUGUCUGCUGCCACUGCGGCCAGGUAGUCAUUCCGGCGCCUGUCGCUAGCCUACCGGUGAAAGACAGCCCUUCUAUUUGCAUAAACAACCAAUGGUACAUCUGCACCCAGCGAUUGCCUAUUCUCAAUGCACAAGAGAUCGAGCACUUCGAGGAAAUUUUGACCGACAUACCCGUUCCUGAAAUGAUCUUUGGAAACAAUAAGGUCGAGGUUCUUUUGAAGCAACAGACUUCGGAGGACAUCAGGUUUCAUAUUAUGUUCAACCCAUUGGACGCAUUGAAGUUGGUAGAGAGAAACCCAGAAGACCUAAUCCAGGUCAGUUACGCAGACUCGUGGUUCAAGAGUCGACAGCUCAAGCAUCAGAAUUCGGAAAAUGUCUCCUUGGAAGUUUACAAACCUUACGACUGGACAUACACCUCCAGAUAUAAAGGUACAAUGAUCCAGGCCGAUGACGGGGUAUGCUGGAUACAAGAUCUAGACGGCAGCCAUGCAAUACCCUUAGACAAGUUAACAAGUAAUAACCCAAUCAAAUUCUACGACGACAUGAUACUUUACGAAGACGAAUUGGGAGACAACGGUAUCUCUAUGCUAAACAUCAAAAUCAGAGUCAUGAGCAACUGUCUGCUACUGCUACAGAGACUAUUCAUACGAGUGGACGGAGUCCUUGUCAGAAUAAUAGACACCCGGCUCUACGUCGAUUUCGACGAGUUUCUCAUCAUCAGAGAACAGAAAUUUAUGCAGGACCAUUACAACGAUUUGGUGAAUAAAGUGGCCGGGCCAGAUCCAAAGAAGAUGAUGAGAGACAUAAAUUGGUGUAGCACAAAGCUCCCUGUCGUGGAGACAACAAGGGAGUAUAUAGUUCUAGACAAAAAUUAG